UUCGUUCUUCGUCUCCUUCCCCCCCGUCUCUCUGUCUUCAUCGUUUGAUUUUCACUCUCUCUCUAGAUCGCGAGGUUUAUCUAGGGUUUAAUUGAUCUUAGAACCCUAACUAAACCCUACCCUAAAUUAUUUCCAAACCAGUUCGAUUAGAUAAAGACUUCGCUUCUACUCGUCUUCCGUUGAGGGUUUGAUUUGCGGAUCGAUCUUUACACUUGGAGUUGGGCUCGUAAAUGCUCUCGAAGCCCUAGAAUUUACUGGAAAAAUGGUGCUGAAAGAAUGAUAAUCCAUGGUUGAAAAAUGAAAAUUUCGAGGGUCUCUGAAGAGAAUGGUGCUCUCGGCUAAGAUCAGUUGGUUGAAGUAAUAUGAGGUAUUGAAUAUGAGCGAUGGAGGUGGGGAGAGUCAAAGAUUUCAUAAACAACCGCAUGCUAAGAGAAAAUCAAGCGGCGGUGAUGAAUUUGCCCAAGCUCUUGCAAAGAUUGCUGUAGCUCAAGUAUGCGAGAGUUGUGGUUUUCAGGCUUUUCAACAGUCUGCUCUUGAAACUCUAUCUGAUGUUGCAACUCGGUACAUAUACGAUAUCGGAAAGACUGCCCAUUCCUAUGCAAAUUUAGCUGGUAGAACGGAAGGUAAUGUUUUUGAUGUUAUUCGAGGGUUGGAAGACUCGGGUUUGGUACAAGGGUUUGCUGGUGCUUCAGAUAUUAAUCAUUGCCUUGCAAGUUCAGGCGUAGUUCGGGAGAUUGUUCAGUAUGUUGGUGAUGCCGAGGACGUCCCUUUCGCAUAUUCUAUCCCGCGGUUCCCCAUUAUUAAAGAGCAAAAGCCAACCCCUAGUUUUUUGCAAAUUCAAGAGGAGCCGCCGGAGGCUCACAUCCCAGCUUGGCUUCCUGCAUUCCCUGACCCUCAGACUUACCUUCAGAUACCCACAGCAAAUGAAGGGGCAACUGAUCCUUAUGUGGAGAAGGUUGAACCUGCAGGGCAUCCUAAAAAGGUUGAGCGAGCUUCAUUCAAUUUGCAGCGUCAGUUUGCUAGCAAUGGGGCAGAAGGACCUUCCUCUGAUGACCACCCUGUUAAUGGCUCUAGGAUCAAACAAGUGGCAGAAAAUAAUCCAUUUCUUGCUGAGCCUUUGCAGCACGAGGAGAGGAAAGUUUCUGAUGUCAUUCCUCCAGCUCAGCUAUCAAAUAAAGCACAUGUUAAAUAUAAUGUAGCAGAAAACCACCAUGUGGAUAACCAUGUUUCAGUGCCGGAGACAUUUGCUCCAGCUAUUGAAGCGAUGAAGAGCAGGUUAUCUGAUACUGAGGCAAUGCCAGAAAAGCUUAUUUUAAACCAGAGGCCAGCAGUGCAAUUCAAAAUUAAAGUUGGGAGAAAGUCAGUAGCGACAGGGUUGGAUUUGAUCCAGCAGAAAACAAAUCCAGAUGAUAAUGCCCCAUGGUCUAGAAAGGAGAACAAGAAUGAUGAGAAGAAGAGGAGGGCUGAGAAAAUUCUGAAGGAAUCCAUGGAAAUUUCCGAAGGAAAAGAUUCAGUUGUAGAUUAGUUUUAUUUGAUUAGGAUUUGUAUACUUCCGUAGGAAACUGGCUGCAGAAGCUGGUCCAAGGUCAUUGGAAUAGUCAGGGCAUAAAUUUGUCUGCAUAUUGGCUCUAUAGACUUGACACUUCAAAUUGCAAGAGGGAAAUGUUCCCACCUUACAGUUCCUGAGGUAUGUGAUGUAUGUCCAUGUUGAUAGCAGUUAUACAACUGUUAGCUUCUUUUUAGUUAAAGUUUUGUUUCCUUUUAUGAUUUAGACUGAAUUUGCCCGUAAAGAUUA